AUGGCUCAUGUGAAUUCUAUUCAACUCGAUACUCUUGAAUCUACUUCAACUGUUUUAUCCACUCGAAUGGAUGAAAUCAAACUCACACAGGAUUGCUUCUCUCGUAGAAAUACUGCACUACAAUUCCAUUCAUGUCGACAAUUACCCAUCGAGUUGUGGGCUUAUAUUAUUGAACAGGUCGCAUAUCUACCAACUCCUCCCGCUCUUUUACCCAGAUACUCUUCUCAGUAUACUUUGUACAGUCUAUCGCUGGUUUCUUCUGACUUGGCAAAACUAGUUGUACCCUGGCUAUGGCGUAGUCCACAUAUCAAGUCUAUGCGAGCUGCCGUAUCAUUCUAUAGAUCCGUGAUUUGCUAUCCAUCCACCGUUCUCAGUCAUGCCAAUUUGCUGACUUAUACCCAUCAGGUCAUGGCUCGUAACAAGUUAAAGUCUUAUCCUUCGGCAUUGUUAGGUGCGGCUGCAGACUCGCAACUUCCUCCUGUCAUCUCGUGCGUUGGUCCAUACUCCGCACGCGGCUUGUUCCUAUUCUCUCAAGUGCACAGUAUUUGCUACAUCAAUCCCGACCAGAUCAGCUUGCUUUAUAUGUUGCUGGACAAGUGUUUAAACUUGCGUCGGAUUCCAUCCAAACUUUGGUGCACUUUGUCAUCAAGUUUGUAUAAUCUUAUUGCUUCUCGCAUUAAAUCCCUUGACAUGAUCGAAGUGACAGACAACAACCACAAUUGCUUGGAUGAAAUUGCAAAGGCUGUUGACCGUGCUAAUCGAGACUGGGUUGGUGGUGCGCGCAGCAGCUCAAGUGCAAAGACUGUGCUGGAUAUCCCUGAUAUACGAGACUUGGUGGAAUGUCUUUUGCCUUCAGUUCGUCGAUUGGCCUCAUUGUUUACUCAUUUCAAGCAACUUGAUCGUUUAAUAUUAGAAGACGAGGCUUUGUUAAAAUCGCCUGAAAUUGUUCUUCAAAUUAUAACGUAUUUUCAUCCCCGCCUUAAAGCUGUCAAACUUGUGAAUAGUACUCCUGCUGGAUUUACAACUGCUACCCUUGUUCAUCUUCAACACGCUUGUGCACAGCUGGCAUAUCUUUUGCUUAAACGCUUUACAUUCUGCAAGUCAUUUACAAUCUUGCCUUUUAAUUCACUGAAAAGACUGGAUUUGGUUGAAUGCCGAUUUAAAAGUGAUCAGGUCGCGUUUGCCAUGAUAUCUGCGUGUCCAAACCUAGAGGCUUUUACUAUGCAAACGUGUAUAAUCGAUACUCCUAUAUCACACGAUAAACAUGAUGAAUUUUUUGAAACAUUUUUUAAAACUUUAAUUUCAAAUUCCUUGAAGCUUCUUUCAUUAUCAAAAGUAAGAACAGUUACUUUUAACAAUCAAUUCGCCACAGACUCGGUUCCUGAUACCAAGUCUUACGCCCUAACCCUUAGCUCCAGGGCUAUUCAGCUCCUUUCAACAGCAGCUCCGCAUCUCCGUCAUAUUAUACUCGAUCAAGUGGUAUAUGGAAUUGAGCAGAUGCUGUUGCUAACAGAAUUGUUUCCAAAGCUGUAUACGCUGAGUAUAGUCACUCUUUCCUCAAUGACUAUAAACACGGCGAUUGAAAUCGCUUCACCGCUUAAAAGUAUACGUGCUUUCUCGUUAAUCUGUUUGGCUGUUGAUGAUAAUGAAUCAUCCGAUAUGUUGUUGAGGUAUUUGGUCAAAAGAUUUGAUCGUACGCUUGAAUCAAUUGGCAUCUCAAAUAACGUUUCCCUAUCGGCAGUCGAGGAAGCAGUGAAUUCCUGUAAAAACUUGCGGAGUUUGUAUUUACCCCAACUGGCUAAAGAUCAAGCCGAUAUCAGUCUCUGGCUUCAACAGCGUAGUGUUGGCUAUGAAUUCAGUUCUGAUUGCGAGUUUGAUUUUUGA